AUGGAAGAGAACAAUAUUGAGAAAUUGGAUAGUUACAUAAAAGAAUUAAAGUCUUCCAACUUCGAACUAUCAAUGACCAUACUCACGCAAUUGUAUGAGGUGUAUUUGGAGAAUGAUAUGAUCGAGAAAGCAAAUGAAAUACACAAGCAAAUAUUAGAAAAGAAUCCAGACUUUGUUAUUAACAGAUACAAGAAGGUUAUGAUGGCUGAAGCUUUGAUCAGGGCAAAUAAAUUUGAUGAGGCGAUACAGUAUCUUAAGGAUAAUAAGCCCACCGAUGAUAUAACAUCGAACUUUGCUUUGAAUGCCAAGUGUUGGCAAGUUCUGAAUGGAGUAUGUGAAGAGAAGGAUGUGACCAAGAUUAAAACAUUAACGGAGACUCUAAUUAAUAACAAUUACAUUGAACCGUCAAAUGUGCUAUUGGGACCUUUAAUCAAGGUACACAUUUUGAGGGAUGAUUUAGAUUCAGCUUUAAAUGAAUUUGAGUAUUGCUGCAAACAGUAUAGGAGUACACCGUGGAAGGGAGAAUUGACUAAAGCAUUGAUUUUAAAGGAGGAUGCUACUAAAUUACAAUGGCUCGCUGAUCUUAGUACACAGAUUCACGGCGAGAUCAACAUCCUCCACGACCUGGUGCUGGCGUUCGUAGAAUGUGGCCGACUGCGCCAGGCCAGGAGAAUUCUGGAGACACCUGGGUUAUUGGCCAGACGACGAAGGGUCGAUGAAGCUUGCAGAAGAUAUGAGGAGGAAGGAAAGUCUGAAUACCUCGAAGGACUUCUAGAAGCGACUAGAGACUUGUCCAUUUUGGAUCGGUCUAACAUUUUCUACCACUUAUUAGUAACAUACUGCAAAGCAAACGAAACUGACAAAGCCGUUGGACUCUGGACCACAUUACAAGAAGAAGGAGAAAUUCCCACCGACGAAUUCCUAAUUUACCUCGGAAACCAUUUGAAAUCGCAAAACAAAGAGGUCCCAUUCGUAAUCCCACAGCCUAACACAAACGUACAGAAGAAACAAGAUGAAGCGAUAAUAAAGACAUUAGCAACCCGAAAAGAACCAGUGCAACCCACCAAACGUGGUAUUUCUGAACAGAUAGAAAAACUCAUAAACGACGGACUCCUAUCCCAAGCUGUGGACUUCACGAUCAAAUCGGUGGAAGAUGGCGUCGUGCCCAGACAGAAUAUUAUAAAGUAUUUACUGAAGAGCCUAGCCGCCGAAGGGAGUGUGGAGAAAAUUCAGAUGUUGGGGAGAUAUAUCAAUGAGGAAAUGAGGAGGAAAGUGACUUAUGAUGAUAAAAUGACGGCCGCGAUAUUCAAUAGAGGUGGUGGUGAUCAACAUGUGAGCAAUUUGUUGUUGACCGUUGAAGCGACGCAAUCACCGGAUGAGUUGAAAUCAGUUUUAACGAAGUUCCCAAGGAGUAAAGCUUUGGCCGCUGCUGUUUCUAAUGAAGAAUUGAGCAAAAAAUGUUUGAAAAUAGCGGAAAUAUCGGCUUCCAAAGGCAUAACUCUCCCCUUAAACCUUCUAUGGUUGGAAUACCUAAUCGCCGACAAGAAGGAGGAGGCCGACGCUAUAUGGAAGAAGUAUUUAAUUAAAUCUGAAUCCCUCGUCUUCCGACGACUUCUCCAAGAGAGUCACAUACAAAGUAAACCUAAACUUAUCGAAGAAUUAAUAAGCUACCUUAAAACUAAUCCUACUAUUCUUCCUUCAACGCUCGGAAACGCAUAUUCCCGAUUAAUUAAUCUACAUUUGGUACACAAUAAUUUAGAUUUAGCGAAAGCGGUCACGGACGAAGCGUUCAAGAGUGGUUUAAAGGAUACCGAUUUAAAUAGAACGACUCUGGAAAGAUUAAAGUCUGCAUUUGAAGAGGCCGGUAAGGCGUAUCAGUAA